UUGGCUCCUGAGAUGAGCUCAUCUGAAAUGGCUCCAAGGACCUCAGCGGCAGGAACUGGAGGCAGCCUGCUCUCUGCUGUGGUAAUGUUUUGAAACAGGCAAAACCAGAUUUUAUCAUGUGGGCAACCUGCUGCAACUGGUUCUGCCUGGAUGGACAGCCUGAGGAGGUCCCCCCGCCCCAGGGAGCCAGGACGCAGGCCUAUUCCAACCCUGGGUACAGCUCCUUCCCCUCCCCCACAGGCUCGGAACCAAGCUGCAAGGCUUGCGGGGCCCACUUCGCGAACAUGGCCAGGAAGCAGACCUGCCUGGACUGCAAGAAGAAUUUCUGCCUGAGCUGUUCGAGCCAGGUGGGAAACGGGCCCCGCCUCUGCCUUCUGUGCCAGCGGUUCCGAGCCACAGCCUUUCGGCGGGAGGAGCUCAUGAAGAUGAAGGUGAAGGACCUCAGGGACUAUCUCAGCCUCCAUGACACCUCCACCGAAACGUGCCGGGAGAAAGAGGAGCUGGUGUUCUUGGUGCUUGGCCAGCAGCCCGUAAUCUCCCAGGAGGGCAGGACUCGCGCGCCCACCUCGUCCGCGGAUGUCCCCGAGCAGCAGGCCUUCCUGACCCAGCCUCGCGCCAGCACGGUACCUCCUACCUCGCCUCACCUCGCCUCUUCGUCCGCACAGGCCACCUCUGUUCCCCCAGCCCAGGCUCAGGAAACCCAGCAGGCCAAUGGCCAUGUGUCUCAGGACCAAGAGGAACCCGUCUACCCGGAGAGCACAGCCAGAGCACCUGCUGAGGAUGAGACCCAGUCUGUCGACUCAGAGGACGGCUUCGUCCCAGGCCGGAGGGCCUCUCUGUCUGACCUGACCGACCUGGAGGACAUUGAAGGUCUGACCGUGCGGCAGCUGAAGGAGAUCCUGGCGCGCAACUUCGUCAACUACAAGGGCUGCUGUGAGAAGUGGGAGCUGAUGGAGAGGGUGACGCGGCUGUACAAGGACCAGAAGGGCCUCCAGCACCUGGUGUGUGGUGCUGAAGACCAGAACGUUUUCACUCUGUUCUGGUCUGAGUGGGGAGGGUCUCUGCGUUGCGGCCACAUGGUGACCUGCACCAAGUGCGGCAAGCGCAUGAACGAGUGUCCCAUCUGCCGGCAGUACGUGAUCCGAGCCGUGCACGUCUUCCGAUCGUGAGGGCUUGCACCGGCUUCUUCAGUGCCUUAUGGGGACGUAGCUUGAGGUGUCUGGGCUCCAGACUGGGCAGCUCGCGGAGGGGCAGGCUAACAAGAAAAUCUGCAGUGCUCGUAAGACCGGGGCAAGCAAGGAUGCUGUCACCUCUGGGCAUGCCUGUCCUGCCGCGGAGGCGCACCUCUUGGCUGGCAGCGUCGGAGGCCGGUGGAAACCGGAACAGACUGCACGGGCAAGUCCCUAUCUCAGUGAUCUUGGGGUAAUGAUGGCACCUGAUGAAGAGAGGACUUGCCAGAACUUGGACCGCAUCUUCCUCCUUUCCUCCGAAAGCCUAACAGUUUCACCCUUGUGUACCCCACCCGUCCUUCUGAGCUCCCUGCCUCUGGCCUUCACCGGUCAGAAGUCCUGGUAGAAAUGGUUCUCUUCCUCCCCAGCACAUCUGGAUUUAUUUCUGCUCUGGCUUUCUGUGCUUUAACCUACCUUUGCUAACGUCUCUGGCUACAUUGCCUAAAAUCCAUUUGUUUCUUCAGACCAAAAAGAUGUUAGCUUACCA